UGGCUCAGCCUGGUUUAGGCCACAGGCGCUCAAACCGUCGAGUACGGUGCAUACUGCAGUAGGUCAGGUCGGGCCUCACCGAACGGGGAUGUUGCGACAGUGAAAACAGUCUCUUGGUCGAUCCUUGGUUCUGGGUCUCACUUACUCGGAUAUCUCUCUCAUCACUUUACGUGUGGUCAAGUCCUCUGGAGCGGGUCCAAACCCUGGCCUGGUGUACCACUGACUUUGCCUUCGUCCAUACAUAUAUACUCAUAUUCACGUUCCUCCAUAUUACGUUCUACAUUUUGGUAUUAAUUCAAACACGAUGCCACGAGUACCCAGGAAACUAACCUGUCUCUUCUGGUUCGUUGCCUGCUCAGUUAUGCUCGGCGUGCAAGGUAGUGCAGUACAGGAACAACAUGAACCACAUCUCCGAGCCUUCCUCGCCACACGUCGCCCUCUAUCUUGUUCAGGUACGAACUCCGAGAUCGAUGGGGAAAUAUGUCGGCAAUGCGCCAACAUUUCUUCUUUAGGUCUCGCGCUGGGGUUUUCAUCUUCUCUGCUAUUCGGACACAAACCUGAUCGCUAUUCGAAUGAGUUCGUGAAGCUUUGGAGCACCAUUCUCUGGCAUCUUGUAGUUGAGCGUCCGUCGUCAAGAUUUGUCCAGGCGAUCGAUACCAUGCAAGCGGAACUCCUCACCCUGGCAGGCGGCCCUUCAAAGCUACCUCGUCAUAGUCUGGAGUUCCUUCUUACGCUCACUAUUGCAAAAACCAUGUUGCGUGUGCGUGCAAGCAUACAUCAAGGACGCCGGCAGGUGUGGUGGAGCACACACGCCACGUCGGCCAUUCCUCUUGACGUCCAGCAAGCACUCCUUCGUACAGGUGAAGCGUCAGUAGUUCAUGUUAUCGCACUGGUCCGUUUUCUUCGCCUUCAGGUUGCUGGAGUUUUUGGCUUUUGUCCUCGCGGAGGUGUCCAGCGCCAUUUCAUUUACCAACUCGGCUACCGGGGUCGAUACAUAGGGCAAGCACGUCAAUACCGCUCUGUGGGGUCAGGUACGGGCCCACUGAUGAGGUUUCGAGAGCAUCUGCGAGAUUGGUUUGGAACUCAACGCCGCGCUGUAUGCCCUCAGACACAGAGAUACUCCACCCUUCUUCAAAAAGAUGGCCCUGGAAAAUUUUACAUGCUUUUCCUGACCCACACGGAGCCCGAUAAGGUCUUUGGCCUUGAGUCUGCAUUCAUCAACAUGUACCACCCUGAGGCGAAUGACAUCCCGAACCCCCCUGCCCUAGGACGACGACGACGGCGAGAACGGAUCCAACCUCGCCGACGACGAAACGGACGAUUUGGUAGAUCCCAGCAACAAGCACUCGAGCACGCUAGAGAUUCAGAUGACGUAUGGCAGCAACGCACGUUGGAAAUUAUGUGCACUAAGUAUGUUCGUCGACACGCAUUUCUCACUCGACGUAGUGCUACGCAAAAUGUUCUUCGUGGUACCCUUCAUGAUGUAUAUGCACACUAUCUCGAUAGGCACUUUCAGCUUUCACGCACGUUUGGGCCCAUAGAUAUACAUAUGGUUGGUGUUUUUCCCUUACUUAUUAAACAGCUUGCCGUGAGGGCCCAGGAUAUCAAUUGGGAACGAGCACGUGCAUUACGCGCACAUUCUGUCGAUUUUCUUCAUAUUGUAUGGUCUGCCUGCACACUGCUUCCUCACCACCAAGAGCGCAUUCGAGCACGAGCGUAUAUAGCACACCUGGCGGCACGCGUGGGGAGCCCAGUUCCUCGUCCUACCCAUCUUCUUGUGGCCAACCGGUAUUGGCGACAGUGUGUACGAAGGUGGAUUAGUGAGGUCCUCGCGUUGUACGGCCGAGAUCGCCCCCAUUGGGUGUCGCUGGUAAGGUCUACGUUGCACUUGGAUGUUGCUACUCCCAACCCCUUGAAAAAGCAUAUCGUUAACACGCAGCGCUAUCUCCAAACAGUCAAGGAGGCUGAUCUUCUCGAAAUAGAUCCUGAUAUCCUGGCAGCGAUGGUGGCCGGUGGGGAUUUCAGUCGCCUUCCUGUACACGGUCGCACGCCGGUGCAACCGACGCUGAACGAGCAGCGGCGUGGAACACGACAGCGUUGUCUUGGGUGGUUGGCGCAAGCUGGCAUUCCAAAGCAUUUCAUGGACUCCUUACCUUGCUCGAUUCCUGCCUCAGGCUGUCACCCUUCCUCUUCAGCUGAAGGAUUUGCCACGUGCACUUCGGACAUGAAUGCGUCGUUCCGGGAGGCUCGCACGAGCGUGGUUGUGUGCGUUGAAGACAAAGACCCUAACACGCUCUGGAUCGCGAACCCUCGGCUUCUCGUCUUGAGGUGGUUGUUUCUAUUAUCUCGCGUCCCUCAUAGAUGGCGUCUUCGGCUAGUGGGUGUGUCGUAUGUGCUACAGUGGUACCGUAUGCUAUUGGACUUUACUGUGCCAAAACCGCUAUUCAAGGGAAAAUCCAGGAUGAGUGCCAAAAACUUACCAUAUAUUUACCCGACAGUAAAGGCAAAAUGUUGGGAAACAAAUGGAACUCACCGAUGCCCCGACCCCAACCACAGCUGCUUCAGAAACAUAGUCUCAUUCUGCAAGCUUCCUGGGCGCAAGACAUAUCGCCAAGUUGGUCGGGGACUCCAGUACGUAGUUAACUACGUCUCUCCAGGAUGGAGCCUCCAGGACAUGAAGUCGGCCCUCGGUCGUCUACAAGAUAGAGUUCGUAACUUGCAGCCGCCUAUCUGGUCUGAGUCCCAACAGGCCUACCAGUGCUGCGAGUGCGGUGGUCCCAUGUACCACCCCUCCCUUGUCGUUGCUGACGCUGGCCAGGCUUACGAAGAUCUGGCCACGGAGUCAAUCUAUGAAGCGGUGGACAGGGUUUUCCAGCGGAUCAGCCUUUUUACCAAGCAUAAAACUUUGACUGUAAUUGAGCUUGGGCAGGGACAUCGAACGGUCUGGGGAGGCAAUUUUGAGGUUCCAUAUUGCGACCGGGUUGUAUUCUCCUUCACGUCGAUCCGAAGAAGUAUUAUCGGUUUCCUUGGAAUGCGGUUUUAUCGUCUCGGGGGCAUCUUCGUUGAGCAGACACGGGGCAUCCCCAUUGGGGCCCCCCUCUCCGGAGGCAUUUUGAACGUCGUUCUUAGUGACAAGGAAACGCAGUACGACCACAAGAACCCAAAUCGUGCAUCCCAAAUGGCCUGCGGUCGUUACGUGGAUGAUCUUGUGUGCUUAUCGUAUGUGUUGUGUCGGUGCUGUCUGAAGCGGAAAUUACCACAGAUAUAUCAGGGCGUCGUUUUCUUUAAGGUGGAUGAGGAUUUUGGUACGCUCCCCGGUGGCACUAUCAUCCAAAAGUUCCUCGAUGUUGAACUUCACUUUCGUUUCCAAGUUCUUCGUCUAAAUCCCGUUCAUAAAAACGAGCAAUUCGCAUGGAGCGGAAACCAAGCACACUUGGUUAAGAAGAGCAUACCCCCUUACACACACUCGCAAGAUCCUCGCGUACUUCGGGCACAUCGGGCCGAACUCCGCGGACGUGUUUGCAGAUGGGAGCAGAUAGGUGUACCUAAUAGCAUUCUGACCUAUUUGAUGCUAACAGACAUGAUGGUGUAUCUACACUUGCACUAUCCUUAUCGUUUCUUAUACAAGCUCUGGAUUGGGUUAUUUCCGCCCUCACCGCGUAAAGAUAUGGUAUCUCUCUUACUUCGUCUUCUACCCCUCGCUUGUCCAGAACUCAUUCGCCCUCGUGUGUGCCAUCUUGGCUCUCACCACGAUCAUUGCGUCGAGGCUCAGAAGUUGGUCGAACGUGCCGCCAGCCCUCAACCAGCCGGUUUCGAUCCAGCUCGCACGACCAGCGUCGCGCCUCUCCCAGCGAUGGGCGGCAACGGCUACCAACACGGGGGCUGGCAGCAGGGCGGCAGGGGUGGCCGCGGCAAGGGGGGUUGGCAGCCGCGUGCCCCAUACCAGCCGUACCAGCCGCCCUCCGGAGGUGGUGGCUUCGGAGGCUUCGCCUCCAUCACGAACCAGUUCAACGACAUGAUGGGGAGCCUGGCGGCGCUGGGCCAGAUGGCAAAGAUCGGCACGGCGCUCUCCCGCCUCCACCAGGGCGGGUCGCUCCCGCAGAGCGGAGGCCAGCAGCCUCAGCCAUCUCAGGCGGCUGCUCCGGCCCCUCAGGUGGGCACGCGCGAGGUGGCCGAGGCCCUCACGGGCAUGCUCUCGGACGUGCAGCGCGACGAGCAGCAGCGGAACAGGGAGGGCGACUCACGCUUGACCACAACGAUCCGCAGGCUCCAGGACUUCGUCGGACCUGACCCGCGGCAGCCUCGGUGUGCCACCAGCGAGGUGGACAAUGUGGAGGCCUCCCCCGCGUUCCAACAGCUGCGCCGUCAAGUGCAGAGCCUCAGCGACACCCAGACGGAGCAACAGCGCACGAUCGCGCGCAUCGACAACACGACUUCCAACAUGAGUUCCGACGUCCAGGCCGUCAGCAACAUGAUGCGUGAAUUUCUCCAAGAGCAGCGUUCGCGUGGAGGUGGACCCGCGCGCCCUCCGGCUGCCGGGGCCGCUGCGGCGCACCCAGGGCCAAUCAUGAAAGCCACGAUUGAUGCCGAUUUGCACGACCGUGUCCUACCGCACAUUGGCGUUACGACCGCCCGUCGCGAGGCGGCGGAGCUGAAAAACGACUGUCCGCUCAACUACGGGGCUUGGUGGAGCCGUGCGGGCAGGCUUAAGUCUGUUGCCCAAUGGUCUGAGAAGCUCCAGCGCCUGGGUGCAUCGGCGGAUAUGGUUCGGGACCUCACGAUGGAGACGGCUGGCACGAUAUUGUACCAGCACUUGUCCAGCGACGGCCAUGUGAUGGAGGAUGUGCUCCAGGAGGCGCCGCCCCCGAACUGAGUGGUUUCCGACAGCGGCAGUCCGACUACAUCAGCUGACCCACCUAGUGGAUCUCGGAUCCGUAGCGCCGCUGCCCGCCAGGAUGUGUCCCAGGGUACACGUAUCCCGUCGUUCCAGUUCUGCUUUCAGGCAUGUGUAGUUGUAAGCACGCUGUUCUUCUUUGCCCAGAUGUGCUUUGCAAUGCAUGAGACGCGCCUUGCAUUUGGAGAUCUUCUGUUUAACCUCUCUCGCACCCUGCCCUCCCUCUUACUUUCGCUCGUGACCACAGGAGUUUGGGGCGUUGCUGCGCGGGCCUUGCAGUGGUUAGUCGUUAGCGGCCCGACCGCCGAAGAGAUCCCCGCCUUCGAAUUCGAGGGGUUCCAGGAACCGCCGAUACCCAAGGCGGGGGAGUCCUCCACCAUGGCCUCUGUCCCACUCCUCCUCAUGGGUUUCAGAUUUCUGCGCCGCCGAUACCAGUGAUCCGCGCCGGUCCCAACCCAGCCCGAGGCAAGUGUAGAACGUGAUGAAGGCCCUCAGGGCAUGAGACAUCUUAUCUCCCUCGCGGUCUUUUCUGGGUGGGCUGUGCAAACUUGUGUCAGCUUGUGUCGCUUGCAGUCGUGGCGUGCAGCCUCGCACACUUUAAGUUUUGUCCCUGGGCCGGCAAGCAGAAUAAUACAUAGACAGCACGUGUGUGAUUCCAGUGGUGCUCUCUGGGUUCGUGGGGGCCGGAGUCGCACAAAUGACACAACUCUGAAGCCUGUAUUUUCAAUACUUCUGGGGAGCUACAUGCUGUAACAUAGUUAUGUGAGUAAUCUAUGUCUCUGAUUGUAGCUGUGGUGGCUCAGCCUGGUUUAGGCCACAGGCGCUCAAACCGUCGAGUACGGUGCAUACUGCAGUAGGUCAGGUCGGGCCUCACCGAACGGGGAUGUUGCGACAGUGAAAACAGUCUCUUGGUCGAUCCUUGGUUCUGGGUCUCACUUACUCGGAUAUCUCUCUCAUCACUUUACGUGUG